AUGGAGCGCCACAAACAAGCUGUGGCCAAGAUAGCCUCCACCGUCCGGAGCUUCUUCGACAAGAAAGAGUCCUACCGCAUCUUCCAUGGCUCAACCAACAGCACUAGACCCCGGCCCGGGCCAGGCGCACGCAUCGUCGACAUCAGUGCCCUCUCCAACGUUGUUGGUGUCGACCGAUCGAAACGAACUGCCCUCGUAGAGCCCAAUGUCCCCAUGGACAGGCUCGUCGAAUCAACACUUCGCCAUGGCCUUGUUCCGCCCGUGGUGAUGGAGUUCCCGGGCAUAACUGCAGGUGGUGGCUACGCCGGAACAGCCGGCGAGAGCAGCUCCUUCAAGCAUGGCUUCUUUAACGAGACGAUCAACUAUGUGGAAAUGGUGCUGGGGAACGGCGACGUGGUGCGAGCCUCGAAAGAAGAGAAGCCCGACUUGUUCCAGGGCGCCGCGGGAUCAGUGGGAACACUGGGAACAACCACGCUCAUGGAAUUGCAACUUAUUGAGGCAAAGAAAUAUGUACGCACGACGUAUCAUCGCACAGGCAGCGUAGCGGAGGCUGUAGAAAAGGUGCGCGCGGAAACACAGAACCCCGAAAACGACUACGUGGACGGUAUUCUCUUCUCCAAGGACCAUGGCGUGGUCAUUACAGGAACCAUGACGGACGAGAAACCAGGGGACACCAAGGUCCAAACAUUUAGCCGUGCCCGUGACCCUUGGUACUACUUACACGUCAAAGAUCGCACCAAAUCUCUCCCAUCACCUUCAUCUGCCACCACGUCUGGUCCGUCAUCUGUUGUAGAUUACAUCCCCCUGGCCGAAUACUUGUUCCGCUACGACCGUGCGGGAUUCUGGGUCGGCGCCCAAGGCUGGACAUAUUUCAAAUACGUGCCCUUUAACAAUUUCACGCGUUGGUUCCUCGACGACUUUAUGCACACGCGCAUGCUCUAUCGUGCGCUGCAUGCCUCCGGCGAGUCGGCCCGCUUCGUCGUACAAGACCUUGGCCUGCCGUACGACAAGGCAGAGGAGUUUGUCAACUACACCACCGACACCUUUGACAUCUGGCCGCUUUGGCUAUGCCCGCUGAAGCAGACCCUCCCACCGACUUUCCACCCAUACACGGGGGAGACAGAGACCGCCGCCGACGGAUCUACGACUCCAAAGGAUAUUCUGAACAUUGGUCUAUGGGGAUGGGGUCCCGCUGACCACGAGGAAUUCGUUACCAAGAACCGCGCCCUGGAGGAUAAGCUCGUUCAGUUGGGCGGACGAAAGUGGUUAUACGCACACACAUACUACAAUCAGGAGGAGUUUUGGAAGGUGUACGACAAGAACAGGGACUGGUAUGAGGGCCUGCGGGAGAAAUAUCACGCCACGACCUUGCCUAGCGUGCACGACAAGGUCAAGAUUGAUGUGGAUGCUGCGCGAGAAGAGCGGAAGCGCACAAGGCAAUCACUCAAGAGCAAGUGGCCUAUAGGUGGCCUGUAUGGCAUAUGGCAGUCCAUCAAGAGUAAAGACUACCACUUGCAUCGCCGCGCGGAGUGGAAGUACAAAGGGGACGAGUAA